GUGCAUUUUGAGCUUGAUCAUCACCAGUUCAUGCAGUGGCCCCAAGGGAUGAGGAAGACGUGAAAGAUGUCGCCGUGUUUACCGCAUCACGAAAUUACUCUACUCGUCCACCCGGAAUGUUCCCGUGACUGUCUCCAUCCUGCGAUCAGAUCUGCGCAUCUCAGUUGCAGAUGUCAACUUUUUUCGCCGACAGUCGGGUACAGAUUAUGUUCUGCUCGAGUGAGUCAUUGGCAGACUGAUUGGUAUACUAUCAGUUUACUUCAUUGUCUGCAGGAUGGAACAGCAAUAGUCGGUCCCCUUUAAUCGAAUGCACCUCUGGCCUCUCGCAUCCCAAUGGCCUCGAACUCACUGCUUCACCUGCCCCGGACUCAGGUCCUCCGGCGAGCAUAUCCCGCUCUAGGCGUCACCAGACGACUGCCUCCACGUCCUUUCCACUCGACUCCGGGCCGUUCUACAGAUGGAGUAUUCAAAGCUCUCACCAGCAUGCGGGUUCGCAAGCCAUGGAUCGAGGCGCUCCGGGAAAAGAAAGAGGCGGACAAGCAUCCGGUGUCUGAACCAGCGCAGUGCAUGAAGGCAGAUUUGACACCGAAAAAGAUGUCUGAUAGCUACACCAGCGUUGUGCUACCUCUUUCAGUCAGUGCUCCCGAAUACAAGACUCUCAUUCCUUCACUUAACUUACCAAUGCUCUCCUGGCCCUGUAGCAAGAUCCGUGGCUUCUCGAUACUUAUGCCAAUUACACUGGACAAAUACGUACCGGCACCUUGUUAAUGGACCUCGAUGCGCUGGCGGGGGUCGUUGCCUACAAGCAUACCGGUGAAGGCGUUACUACCGUGACUGCCGCGGUGGAUAGGAUCACCAUCAAAAAUCCCAUUCGAGAGAUAUGCGAUUUGCAGUUGAGUGGCCAGGUCUCCUUCGCGACUAGUAGGAGCAGCAUGGAGAUCACUCUUCAAAUCGCCAAAGCACCCGCAGAAGGUCAGCAAGUUGCGCCCGAAGACGUCUUCAUGACCUGUGCCUUUACUAUGGUAGCUUUGGAUCCAAACACCAGAAAGCCCGUCAACAUUGCACCCUUAGAAGUCACCACACCCGCCGAGAAGGCCCUGUUCGCCCAAGGGGAGGAGAACUACAAGAGGAAGAAAACGUUGAAAUCCUCGCAUAUCCUUGCCAAACCUCCUGAUGCAGAAGAAUCUGCUCUCAUUCACAAGAUGUGGACCGAUUCUCUCGCCUACGCUGACUCCAAGAAUCCCAAGAAUCAGCCUUCCAAUGUGAUAGCUAUGUCCAAGACACAAAUGCACAGCACUCAGAUAAUGCAGCCCCAGAUGCGCAACAGACACCAUUUUAUGAUCUUCGGCGGCUUUCUCCUGAAGACCACGUUCGAAUUGGCCUUUACGUGCGCGGCCGCUUUUUCACACACUCGACCCACAUUCAUCAACCUGGAUCCCAGCACGUUCGAAGAGCCUGUCCCCGUAGGCUCGGUUCUUUAUGUUGCGGCAGGUGUGUCAUACACCGAGCCCGAUCCUAGUGGAGGUACUCGCAUUCAAGUCAUGGUCCGCACGCAUGUGCGACCAGUCGAACAUCAAGACCAGGAGCGAAAAUCGACGGGGACGUUCUUCUACACUUUCCUCUCACCAGACAGUGUCAGCGUCUUGCCGCAAACUUACAGCGAGUUUAUGGGCUGGGUGGCUGGCCGACGACGAGCCCAGAAUUUGGCUGCUAUGCUUGCGACUGAUCCUCAUCACUUGCUCUCAGCCUCACAAGUCGAGCCGCUGACAGAGUGAAGCAGAAGUCUUGCAAGGGUAUUCGACCUAGUCGGGCUCACUUGUUAAGGCAACAGCCUUGACGGGUUGAAACUUUGAGAGAGAGACUUCUUGAUGCGCAAAAUCCCACGAUAGCCAAGGUGUCUGAACUCCUGUCGAUCAAUCGGAAUCGAAAGAAGCGCGGCCAAUCCUUGUGAUGUGGCCAUCUAUCACGACGACUUCGUCGCAUCUAAUGGAGCCUGCCCUCAAAUCGACGGUAUAUUACCAGCAUCAGUCGGUCUGCUGCAUGUCCUGUCAUGAAGCGAACCUCAUCCAACGGGUGCCUCCGCCCAGGAUCCAUGCAAUGCACGCUUCUGACCUUACGCAUGCCUGUCACUGACGGUAGAUCCACGUUAUGUGCGUCCAGCAAAGGUGCGAGAUGGAGCUAUGUGUGCAUCCAGAAGGCACGAGAUGGAACUACCUGGAAUUGGACGAUAUUGAAGGUUCUGGCCGCGAUCUUACCGUCAAGAGAUUCGAAGGGACAUCAACACGUUAUUGUCCAUCCUCUCUGGCACUCAGGUAUACCAGCAGUGGCAAAACGAGACGCUGUCCUAAGUUGGGCCUCUUCUGGAGACAUACAACUAAAAGUGUUGAGCCACGUCUACCCUGUACACAGUAUGGGGCUCGGAACACCGGUCAAGUCUCUCAGCCGAUCGUGUUGAUGACGUCGCUGUCCACAGGCAAAUGCAUUUCUAGGUCUGAUGCAGGUGUGCGGUCGAGGGCCUUACAGGGUAACUGGGGAGAAUCCACGUCUGACAGUGCGGAACUACCCUUUUCGGAUCAAAGGUGUCAAUCAAUGCUGUGAAUCGGAACAGAGUCCUGCGACAACUUCAGAGAGCAAUAGUCAUAGGUCAUUGCCAGUAGAUACUAGGGAAUAAUCCCUGCCCUUCAGGUUGAAACCCCUGGGCUAAUGUAACCCAAUUCGGCCAUUCAUCG